AUGACAGAAUAUCCUUCUAAUUCCCAAAUAGUUCGAUACGAAAACAGUGAGAGCACACAUGGGAUCACUAUAUUAGGCGGUUGCGGUGAAUUCUCCCCCGGUGGGUGUGAAGGCAUGUUCUGUACAGCUUGCAAUUGUCAUAGAGUUUUCCACCGCCGGGAGGAGAUGGCAGGGGCGGAUCUAUCCCACCCACUUGCCUGCAAGCCACGCCAAGCUCGACCUCUCUUCUCCUUCCUCUCUCGACCUCGCUCUCGCUCCCGGCUCACCCUCUCUGCCUCCUCUUCUCUUGUUCGUCCGCUCUUGCUUGCCCUCGCUCUCUGCCUCUCUCUUGCUCUCGCUCGCCCUCGCUCUCCGCCUCUCUUACUGUCGCUCGCCCUCGCUCUCUGCCUCUUUUGCUGUCGCUCGCCCUCCGGCUCUCGCUGCCUUUCUCUUGCUCUCGUUAGCCCUCGCUCUCCGCCUCUCUUGCUGUCGCUCGCCCUCGCUGCCUCUCGCCCUCGCUCUCUGCCUCUUUUUCUCUCGCUCGCCCUCCGGCUCUCGCUGCCUUUCUCUCGCUCUCGCUCGCCCUCACUGCCUCUCGCCCUCGCUCUCUGCCUGAUUGCCUCUCUCUUGCUUUCGCUCGCCCUCACCCUCGCCCUCGCCCCCACGCUUGCUCAGCCAAUCGGUUUCGCCCUCUUGCUCGCUGCCCUGCCUCUGAUUCAGGUCUUCAUUUUACCCCCCCAAGCUUCCAAAUUUGCUUCAUUCGAGCCCAGCUACCCAGCGACGAAAAUGAAUCUUUCUGGCCUGACCUCUGGGACAGGGUGGCUAUCAGCAAUGGAAAAGAAUCUUUCUGGGAAAAAUCUUUCUGGCUCGAUGUUAUAGAGAAAUCACCAUCAUUAUCACCACCACAACCACCUCCACUGGCAGCG